ACACCAUCGUGAGAACUCUUUAAUAUGUGUUUAAGUUGUUAUGAUAAAUACAUUUACAUCAAUGAUGAAAUUAUUGUGUAUCGUGGGAUUUUUCAGUCGUUUUCGUCCCCGGUAUGUGUUAAAUAUUUAAAUGAUUGAUAUUACCAACCUGUGAUUUGUAUUAGGAAGUUUAGUGCUCUGUAAAAAUGGGGAAACUGGACCAAUCUCUGGCUGACGUCUGAAUACAAGGUCAAUGAAGGUCGAUCUUUUAGAAAUUACUUUGUUGUUGACUACGAAUUUCAAAUUUUAGGAACUUUAUUCAUCUUUAUCCUAUUUUGAAAACCCUCACAUCACUGGUUACUUGAGCAGAGAACAAUAACAAUGGAACCCGUCUGUCGUAAGGACAAGCCAAAGCUGAACUCUACUCCAAUCAGAGGAGACAGAUCAAAACAGAAGUCUGCACAGCAGGAACUCAAACAGCGACAAAGGGCAGAGAUAUAUGCUUUGAACAAGGUGAUGACGGAACUGGAACAUCAGCAGUUUGAGGCCUUUUGUAAACAGAUGCAGCCACAAGGAGAAUGAAUAUGCUGUCAUUGCUGCCUUCAUCAGGGUUUUGCCUGGCACAAAUUGAGGCGGAGGUCGUAGCGUUCUGAUCACUCACAAAUAUGCCACGCCCCCCACUGGCUUGAACAAAUAAUUUUUCCAAGUAUUUGCAUAUAUUGUUUGACUUUUCUUAAAUCAUAUACAGUACUACUACAUCUUUUUGACGGUUUAAGGACUGACAACUGUUUCUGCGACAGUGCUGUAUAAUACUAGUUUUCAGUCACGCUAUCAGUAUUUGUUCACCAUAUUGCCGUUUGAGAGCGGAGGACUCUCUCGUCAUACAUUUAAUAAGCAUCAGAACAAGACAGUGUCGACCUUCCAGAUGGUGGCGUGUUACAGCACAGAAAAACUGUCUAUUGCAGUUACAAAUGACGCCCAUCUAAUAUAGGGCUGGUCUGAUAACGGUUUUCAUUGUAGGUGUUUUAGAGAAUGACUGACUACAUGAUUCAAAGGGUCAAAGAUCCAAUUUCCUCCAACUAACACACAAUAAAAGACAAAGUUAAACAUGUUGACGUUUUCUAUAUUAAAUCUGGUUAUCAGACUAUUGAAUUUGUCAUGUUGAAUAUUCCAUAGAGCAGGGGUGGCCAAAUUUUUUUUCAGGCUGCGUACCUCCCGUGAUCUACUUUACGGAAGACUGUGUCAUUGACUUGUGGGGGCGCAGUCGAACGAAGUAUUUGUAUGUGUCCAGACUUUUAUACGUUUCCGAACUUUUCUGUGUAAAUCUCGACGACUCACUCACCGGAUAUGUGUAUAUCCAGUUGUCCAAGACAAGCAGAAGCGAAUUAACAGUCCAAUUUCUUUUCGGCGAAAACAUCGACUUCGGCAUUCAAUAUGGGUCCUCUAUGCCAAUUUUCUCUAAUUUUUCCAUGUACCUUGGUUUAUUAUCACCUUCUAAAUGUUGAACAGUAUUGGACAAAACUCUGGUUGUCGUGCUGUAAGACAUAUUUUCAUUUCGUCUCAAUGGAAUUAACUUGCAACAAUGCUUUGUUUGACAGGCAAUAUGGCGAGUUACGUGAUUUUAUGACUUAGGUCCACGAGCUCGAUAGCAACGCGAUCAAUGUAUUGGGUACACCAGAAUCAAGAGAUGGAAUGGAUGGCAGGCUGUUGUCUUUGAUGGAUAAUAGGCUUUUUUUUUUUGGGUUGGGGGGUGUCACACGCUUGACUAAAAUUAACUAUGAUUGACCAGUUUAUCGCUAUCGAUGCAUUGAGCACGCCUGCCAUAGAGUAUUUCUAUUUUAAGUGUUAUAAAUGCACUGUAAGCAAGGUGCAGAACAUAUUUGAGGAACACUUAGCAGAAUAAAAUAUUUCAUACACAACCAUCAAAUAUGUGUCCAAAUGGCCUUUAUUAAUGUCAUGAAUCGGUUACAUUGAGCCUGUAUGCUCAUUUAGGUCACGUCAUAAAACCCUUUGUGUUUUGUAUGUAAAGUAUGUUUACUUUCUGAGCAGGAGACUUUGGGGCAGUUCCCAUUGUACUGUUAACUGUAUUGUGAAUUAUUUACACAGCAUUACCAAGAGAAAAUAUAUCUUGUUGAAUCCAUCCUCUGCACUUGAAAGUAUCUAUUGUUUCAGUUAUCUAAUACAAUAUGUUAUCUUUCAAUCGCAAACUAUUUGCACUUGAUAGGUUGAUCUUUUAUUGUGUGCUUGGAAGGCCGCUUUAAUAGAAUUUUUUAGACACCAGAAAUUCAACCAUUAUUGCCCUUGUGUAUCUUUUUAGUUUGUUUAACUUCUAGUCUCAAAUAAUCUUUGUAUAAUGUAUUAGAUUUGUCCUCUUUACUGAUGAUGGCUUUAACUCAGUCAUGGAAACUGUUGUGAAUGGCACUGUAGUCAAUGCCAACAAACCUUUACUUGAGUCAAUUUUGUAUGAAGUUUUUAUUAUUAUUUUGUUAAAUAAAAAUUUCCAUUAAAAGUUU